ACUGUGUGACCACAGACGGACCGUGACAUCGCUGAAGCUGUGGACCGUGCCUCCUUACCUGAAGGAUUAAAAACGCCUUGUGGAUCUUUAUCGGACUCCUCCGCUGUUAAGGAGCUGCUGAUAUCGCGGCUGACCAGGCGUCCGGCUUUACAUCGCGCCGCACCGGAUUUUGAACCUUCGCCAUGCGCCCCACAUGCUGAGAUGACAGCCUGUAUUUUGAAGUGAAAUUUAAAACAACAAAAAAAGUACACAUUUCUCCAUUUAACCAUUCGUAUAACCAAUGACCCAUCUUGACUGCCAUCUCGUAAUAAUCUCCGGUAUUCUCUGUUGAGACGUCUCUCUCUCAGAUCACAGAGUCUGACUGGUCCUAAGUUCGCACACCCUUCAGUCAAAAUACAAGGCCCCAACAAGGCACGUAGGUGAAGACUGCUUGUGGGUCAUGCCUAUGGUGCCGAGAGGGCUUUCUUCUGUAAUCUGUUGUUCAUGCACAUCAUAUACUGACGUGCACCAGUAAUGGGCAGGAGUGCAGACGGGAUGUAAAUGUGUCUUGUCUAAGCCCGAUACACGUUCUAGCAAAGUUCUGUAUCGUUGAGCAUAUAUAAUCUAUACAGCGUGGACGUUGUAGAUCUGUCCGUCUUGCUGUUUGUCCUGCAUCUGGACUUGUUUGCAUCUGGUCGCCCUACUGAUACCUUCUAAUAUUCCCGUUUUGGUGGAACUGUAACCGAGCUCGACAAAGUUACCUCCACGUGUCGCCGAAAUGGAGACCCUGUCCCAGGACUCCAUCCUGGAGUGUCAGAUCUGUUUCAACUACUACAGCCCGCGGCGCCGGCCCAAACUGCUGGACUGCCGGCACACGUGCUGCUCGGUGUGCUUGACGCAGAUGCGCAGCAGCCAGAAGGAGAUCCGCUGCCCCUGGUGCCGUGGCGUCACCAAGCUGCCGGCGGGCCUCUCCGUCUCCCAGCUCCCCGAUGACCCGGAUAUCAUCACCGUGAUCGCCAUCCCGCACGCCUCCGAGCACACGCCUGUCUUCAUCCGUCUGCCCAGCAACGGCUGCUACAUGCUGCCCCUGCCCGUGGCCAAGGAGCGCGCGCUGGGGCUUCCUGGGGAGCUGGGCUGCCGCUUCCUGCCAGGCAGCAGUGGCCAGCAGAAGGGCGUGGCGGUGGUGGCCGUGCCCGAGCAGCAACCCCUGGAUCUGGGCGUGGGUCUGGAGGGUGUAGGCGUGGGCCUGGAAGCGGGGGACGUGGAGAGGAGAGGCACAGGCCCGGUGGGAGGCGGGGGGAAGGGCUCCACGUGGUCGGGCGUGUGCACAGUGAUCCUGGUGGCAUGCGUGCUGCUCUUCCUCCUGGGCAUCGUGCUGCACAACAUGUCCUGCAUCUCCAAACGCUUCACUGUCAUCUCCUGUGGCUGAGGAGCGUGGGCAAGGGGCGGCGGGGGGGCCUUGGACACCAACAACCCCCCACGCCCCCACCUUCAACACAUCCACACACACACUGAACUCCACCCCCUUUUGGACCCACCCGUCCCUGGGUCAGGACCAUGCUGACUUUGAUGGGGACUAUACAGACGUCAUGGGUAAUCAAGGAAACUGCAGAGUGCAAGUGAGCGAGAGACACGAGAGAGAUGGAGGAAGCGAGCAAGACAUGAGGCAGUAGAGAUAAUUAACCAGCGAACUCUAAACUGGGAAUUGUUUUAUGUAAUUGCUUCCUUUUUUGUUAAAUUUGGAGGACGGCCAACAUAAAAUGGCUGAAAGUACUUCAAAAGAAACACACACACAC